GUAAGGUGGGCGGAGUCAAAAGCUGUUUCCGGAAACAUGGAGGCUGUUGUGAGCGAUGUGGUGGCUCCCGAAGAUCUUUUAAAGUUCGAGAAAAAGUAUAACAGUGAGCUGGUGAAGGGAGCCGUCUCCAGAGAAACUAAGUUUGAGUAUGCGUGGUGUCUGAUCCGGAGCAAAUACACAGACGACAUCAAGAAGGGAAUUGUGCUCUUGGAAGAACUUGUUCAGAAAGCAUCAAAGGACGAUUCUCGGGACUUCCUGUUCUACCUUGCAGUGGCCAAAUACAGACUCAAAGAAUAUGAGAAAGCUCUGAAGUACAUCCGAACUCUCCUAAAGAACGAACCGGGGAACAAGCAGGCUCAGGAUCUGGAGAAACUCAUCGACAAAGCUUUAAAGAAAGACGGCUUGGUUGGCAUGGCGAUCGUCGGGGGGAUCAGUCUGGGUGUUGCUGGUCUGGCGGGCCUCAUCGGUUUGGCCGUGGCCAAAGGUGCCAAAUCCUAACAUGGACAUGGGACGACGUUUCAUCUUUGUGCUGGACUGACAAAUUGACCAUUACCUGCAUAAAAAAAAAAAAGUUUAUUAAUGGAGCUUGACGGAUGUAACAUUUUGGUUUGGUUUGAAUAAUGCCAGUGAAUAACCAUAUUGUAACAGGGUUGAGAUUCACCAUACAUAUGCCAUUACUUAUCUGUCUAUUCACACCAUAGCAUGGCACUUUCUUAUUAUUUGUGUAAAUAUAUUGAUGAAUGAUUACAGUAAUGGUGCAGCUCAAUUUUCUGUAAAUUCUAAUUUAGUUUGCACCUACAUUUCCCAUUUACAUUAAGUAAAUAAUAUCUUCCUAAAAGCGCAGUUGUGGUUCUGUAACUGUCUGUUUUUGACUCCAAGAAUUGUAAAGAAAGUGUUAUUGGUGAAGUGGGAGGUGUAGAUUGUUAUACCAAGCAGUGACAGUGCCAUAAUGCUGCUGAGGAGGCGAGGAGAGAGGGGUUGAUUUUUAGUUGUUCUGAAUACUACUUUGAAUUAAGGGACGCAACACACUCAUUGAAGAUGGAUACCCUUUGCCAUUUACCUGGUCUGCAUAUGAAGAGUUGUUUUUCCAUCUUGUUUAAUAAAAUGCUUUUGAACUGAGA